AUGCUAGGUGACCUCCAUGCAAAUCAGAACUUUAAAAAAAAAAAAAAAAGUAAAUCCUCGUUCGCUAUCACCACCAUUUUCUUGCUUCUUUUGGUUGCCAAUGGCAUCAAUGCAAGAAAAGAUGUGGGUGAAUAUUGGAAAGGUGCAAUGAAACCCACAACUGAAAAUUUUGAUGAGCACAAGAAACAGAAGAAUUUUGUGGUAGAUUUUGAGCCAAUAUCUAAUUUAUGGGUUUACAAUGAUGAUGCUCUUCUUAGAAAAAAGAAGUCAUUUGCAUUUGUUAAAGACUUUGAGCCAAGCCCUAACUUAUCAGUAUAUGAUAAAGAUGAUGAUCUUAAGGACCAGAAGAAGUCAUUUGCUAAUGAUUUCGAACCCAGGCCAAAUGUUUCAAUUUACAAUGAGUAAAAUUCUUCCCGAGAGACAGACCUUUUGUUUAAUGUCUGUAAUUAUAUAUGAAGCUUAAUGCUUCAUUAUUGUGCUCAAUCAUGUUUUAUGUAUUUAUUCUCAAUGUGUGUUUUUUUUUUUAAAUAAUAUAA